UACACUUUUGACAGUUUCACAGCGCUGAAAAACCACGUUCGUCUGACAAAUAAUAACCGAACUUGUGUUACGUUCGACCAAAGUAUGUGUACAUAUUGUAUGUGAAUAUGAAGGCGAAGGAACAGCACGUGGAUGCUUUGAAACAAAGCAAAAACAAUAAAAACUCAAAUAUUGGCAAUAAAAUAUCGGAAUCGUUCAAGAAACUAACGAAUAGUGAAAAACUGAAUCGAAUCAAUGGAGCCGUCAAUUUAUUACAACAUUUAAAAGAGAUAAAAAUCGACGAAAAUCAGGUGGAAAAAGUACGAAAUGUUCGUCGAUUUGUACGCGGUUUGGGGGCAUCAACAUCGGACUCCCGCAGUGGUUUCUACGCAGCAUUGGUUGCAUUUCUGGCAACAAAUCCCGACGAUUAUCCGACAAUCACAAAUCUUUUUGAAUUAAUGGAUGUCACAUUAAGCGUUGGAGCUGGUAGCAAUAUCGAAAAAGAAGAUUCAGAUGCACUGAUCGGUCGUGUGUUGGUAUGCGCAUCCAUUUUGCAUGCAAACAAAUUGAAUUCAGCUAGCGAUAGUGAAAUCAAAAAGUGCAUUGAAACAUUAAUAAAUGCAUCGCAUUAUAAAUCGUAUCAUUCAUCGCUUGCAUACACAUUUUUAUUGGAAUUGCUGGAGAAAAUCAGCGAAAAACAAUUCAACAAAAUAAUGUGGCCAUUGAUGCAAAAAGAGCUGAAACGUCCAUGGGAAAAACAAAACAUCAACACCGUUCAGUUUCUCAUCAAAUGCCAAUCGAAGUAUCCGGCUGCUAUUGAUGAAGAUUUUCUAUCGUCUUCAUUGCAAACCAGUGACAUUCUCACACCGUUGGCAUACAAACAUUUAGGCCGUUUAUUUUGGUCACCGGCCACCACAAUGAUUGCCGUCACUCAUCCAUCAUACGAAGUGUUUGGUCAAUUUUUGUCACAAUGUGUGCCAGAGAAGAAACUGCUCGAUUUUUGGUACAAGGAAAUCAACGAAAUUCUACUUGCACCAACGAAAUUUAAAGAAAUUGUCACAUUGCGACUCCUCACCAUCCUCUUCAAUGGGUGCCAAAUUAAAAGCAAAACCGCUAUUGCCCUAUUGUCAAAUGCGUUCAUUGCGCUGCUCACGAAAUCUCUGCGAAGCAGCAAACAACAGAAAAACAAUGACAACAGCUCACCAACAUUAUACACUCAAUUUUUUAACGCAAUUGAAAAGUACACAAAACAAGAAUCAAUUAGCGAAACUGACAAGGUAGCAAUCAUUUUGAAGUUCAUCGAUUUUCCCGGUACGUUGGUCAUUGAAAAGUACACACCAAUUCGUGUGAUUCACAAGUUUAUCGUACAAUUGAAAUCGGAUGGUGUUAAAGAAUUGGUCGAAUUUUACAAGAACAUUUUGCUCGAUCGAAAGACAAAGAAUCCAAAAUCGAACGAAGGAUGGUUGCACAUGGAACGAGAGCAUUGUGUUCAAAUGCUGCAAACGCUAAUUGUUCAGAAAUCCGUUCAGAAUGACAGAGAUUGGCGUGCCGAACAAUUGCAAUUCCUUUUGAAAUAUGGCCUCUUCUAUGUGAACAAGCAAACGGACGCAAUCGUAAAGGAGCGCGACUCGGAUGUGUUGCCAAAUGAUUUGGCGCACAAAUUGAAGCAAGCAUUCUUUUCGAGUUUGCAAGCAAAAUCGCAAAAUAUUGAAGCUGAAAAAAUCACUCUGCUCACGAUCAUCGAGUAUUGUAACAAACAACUAUCGAGUAAAUCAAUCAAUAAAACAUUACGUCAUCCGUUAUCUGAUGAUGCUCUCCAAGCAUGGCGCAAAAUGUAUGCAAAUGUAACGACAAAAAAGAAGACAAAAAAAAUUCUGUACAACGUUUUCGAUAUUCUAUUGAUGCACAUGGGACUGCAAUUGUUUGUCGAUGCUCAAAUGGCCAUUUUCUCGAUUGACGAUUUGGAAAAGUGUUUGGAGCGAUCACAAAAUAAACUAAAAGCAAAAACAAAGUCCAACGAAACAAAUGAAGCCGAAUGGAUUGAAGUUGUGGUAGAUUUAUUCUUACAAUUGUUGUCACAGAGCAAAAGUUUUAUGCGAACCGUUGUCGACAAUGUAUUUCCCGAACUGUGUCCGGCGUUGACACCAGCAGCCGUUGAUCAAAUUUUAAUGAUGUUAGACAUGAGCGAAAAGAAUCCAUUGACACCGCAUAAUGCGACGGCCGAAAGUGAUGAUGAAGAGAUGGAAUCAGACGAUGAAACCGAAUCGGAUGAAGAGAAUGGCAUUGAAAGUGACGAUGAAGAUGCCGACGAGAGCAGUGAUGAUGAAGAUUUCACGGACGCCGAUGAAGAGGGCACGGUUACAGAUCACUUAAGAUCGGCCGUGUCACAAGCACUUGGCGGUGCCAUUCCGGAAACUGACACUGAAUCGGUUGACUUGAACGAUAUGGACGAUGAGGAGGCUCAACGUUUGGAUGCCGCCUUGUCCGAUGCAUUUAGAGCAAUUCGCAAAAAAACUGGCGAAAGUAAAAAGAAAACAAAACUCGAACGAACGACCAACACAACGGUCAUGCAUUUUCGAAUUCGUGUAUUGGAUUUAAUUGAAAUUUACUUGAAAACAAGCCCAUCGCUGGCAAUCACAUUGAACAUUUUAACCGAUCUUAUUCCAAUGUACGAACAAUGUGUUGGCAACAAAGACCAUCAACCACUGGUUAAUCGUUUACAACGUGUUUUACGAAUGUUACUAAAUCUACGUGAAUUUUCGAACAUUGAUGAUGUUAACGAAAUCAAAUUGUACGAACUAUUCCAAAGUAUUAUCAAUGUUAAAGCGAAUCCAGUUGCCAUCAACGAACAGAAUAAAUUACGUUCAAAUUUGUGCGCAUUUUUAAUAGCCGUCAGUCAAUUGUUGAACUCACCCGAUCCGAUUUUGCUGGAAGCCGUUGCCGGAUGUUUGGAAAAUUUCUUGAGGGUGAGAAAUCCAAAAGUUCAGUACACUGUGUUCAGUGACAUUUUCAAAACACGAUGGGUUGGUGUGUGGCGCCUGGGUCAAAUUAUUGCCCGGACGAGUCUAUUGCGAGCCGAUAAAUGUCGACCAUUCCGACGAUCACAGGCCAUCGAUUUGCUUAGCAUGAUGUAUAAGAAUCAUGGUUUUAUCGCAAACGAUACAAACGAAUUCAAUGAACAUAAUAUUAAAAUUGAAGCGGCCAUUCAUGUAUAUGUUGAAUGGGCCAAAACAAGCGAUCAAGUUUCGUCAAAAGAAUUCUCGUCUCUGUUGGUAUUGUUCCAAGAAAUGCACAAAUGCACACAGACAAUUGGCAAUUAUAAAUGCACCGUUAAAUGGCCGAAAAUUUGCGACAGCGUUCAAUUGAUUCGUCAGAAAAUCGAACUCGACUCAUAUCAAGUUUAUUUUGCGUUCUGCAAACGAUUGGAAAUUAAGGAUAUCAAAAAUAGCGAAGUUGAUACGUCAAAGACAAAGAACGGAUUCAACACUGAAAACGGCCAUCAGAACAGUGAUGGAGAAGACGAAGAAGCUGACGAAGAGAAUGGAGGAGAAGAAGAAAGCGAAGAGGAGAUCGUGAUCGAAUCGAAACCAACAGUAACAAAUGGUGUAACAAAUGGUAAGAAACGAAAAGCCGAUACCGACAAUGGUGGAUUAAGCAAAAAACGAAAGGCAAAACUAGAGAAAAAACUACGAAAACAAAAUCGCCUCAAAAUGUCAUCGGCAGGUAUGGAAGAUGUUGCAUUUUCAUUUACACCACAAACAAACAAUGAUAAAGAAGAUAUGGACUCUGAUUGAGAAAAAAAACAUCCAGUAAAAUAGUAUCGGAGCGCAUAAUUCAUUGCAUACUUUGUUUUAAAGUAAUUUCAAAUGUCAAUAAAAUCUUAUUUUAUUAAUUCAAA